GAAGCUUAUCCAUUCUUUUUCCGGCCACCUCAGCUUGCCUAGGGGCGGCAUCAUGUCGGGCGCGGCGGGUUCGGGAGCUGCGGGCUCUGUAGGUUCUGUGGUGCGGCGCUUCCUGGCGGAGUACGGUAGCGGCACGUCGAGCCGCCUCAAGGUGCUGGACGCAUACCUGUUGUACGUGAUGCUCACCGGGGCGCUCCAGUUUGGCUACUGCCUGGGUGUCGGCACCUUUCCCUUCAACUCCUUCCUCAGCGGCUUUAUCUCCGCCGUCGGCAGCUUCAUCCUCGGCGUUUGUCUCAGGAUCCAGAUUAACCCCCAGAACAAAGCCGAGUUCCAAGGCAUUUCACCAGAGCGGGCAUUCGCCGAUUUCCUCUUUGCCAACACCAUCCUGCAUCUCGUCGUUAUCAAUUUUGUUGGCUGAACCCUAGAAGAGUCUGAGGCCUUGAAUUCUUCUAGAACUCGAAUGCCAAAUCUUGUUAGAGGGAAGUCGUGUUUUCCAGCAGUAGCUGCUGCUUUGAUGAGAAAGAGGAGAAGCAGAAGUCAAAGAUUAUCCCCACAGACUGUCCUAUGGAGUGGUCUGCUGCCUCAUUCCAGUUACUGUAAUUAUUUCUUUAAAUAAAGCCCUUCAUUUUAAA